GAGCAUGUUUGCAUGUUCGAUAUACUGCUUAUACAGAGGAGCAGCUUGCAGCAUCUGUUGCAUAUAUACAUCUAUAGAAUGCUGUGACUGGCUAUACCUACCGUAUGAACUAUUGAUUAGCCAGGUCACGUGUCUUGCUUCAUCUUGUGGAUGUGCACUGUAAACACUCCAUCGGCGUGUGGCUAAGAACGAAAAGCCUACUGUAGAACUAACCAGGGGCCAGAGACUGUUAUAUAUAUAUAAAACAGUUGAGCCUAAGAGUCUUACAUCCUACUCUUGCCUGCUAAAAUACCAAGGUAGAGAUCUUAUGAUGGCUUCACACCACGUCUUCCUCAUCAUUGGAAAGACAGGCAACGGAAAGAGUAGCCUGGGAAACUGUAUUCUGGGUAAAGAGGAAUUUGAAACUGGUACUGGUAUGUUUUCAACAACAGCAAGAGCUGAAAAGAGAUCAAGAAUUAGUAGCAUGGAAACUAUAACGGUUGUGGACACACCAGAUAUCAUUAACCUUCAUUACGGUCCAGACGAGAGGGAGAAAGAAGUCCAGAGCUGGAAAACAAUGACAUCACGUGACCACCCAACCAUCCUACUCGCCGUGCGCUGUGACGUGCGCUACACGGCCGAGGAGUUUGCCAUCUACAAAGACUUUAAGCGCCUUUGGGGGGACAACGCCGGCAUCAGGCGCCAUCUAGUUGUGGCCUUCACCUUUGGUGACAAGCAAGACCGAGACCUCAAAGAGGAGCUGGAGGGUGUGUGUGAGGAGCUGAAGAUUGUCUUGAAAGACGCCAAUCACCGCUACGUGCUUUUCAACAAAAAGAACCUGAACAAAACACAGCAAGUCGACCAGCUGUUUAAAGUCAUCAGAUCACCAUACAGGUCGGAGGUCUCGCAGAAACCGAGAAUCAUGUCCAUGGUCUGCAUGGCCAUCGGUCUACUAGCGGCAGGUGGCUGUGUCAUUGCGGGAGUCUUCCACGAGCUGGAUUUGGCUAUCGGCCUGGGGGUGGUUGCUUUGUUGAUAGUCCUUCUGGCGCUGGUAUGUCGGUGUAAAUUCCGAAAAUAAAUAUGAUCAACUUGUUACUCCUCAGACAGUUUUUUGUUUUACAAAGCUGAUUAUCUAAACAACAAAGGAAAAUUUGUCUGAUGUCUUAAUCUUCAUUCAGAAAAUAAAGAUUUACUAAAAACGUAUGUUUGUGAACGUGCGUGAUAAUGUAAGUGUGCAUGUAUCAGAGAGA